AUGGCUUUCAAUGGUCAGUUUCACGGCAUGCGCCAGAUAGAGCCCUCCUUGCUACAUACCCACCCAGGCCAUCAGUGGAUGGCUAACAACAGGGAGCUGACUACUUGGAACCCGAAGCUCAAGACACGAAAGCAAGGCAUGGAAUGUGCAUCCGCUUGGGGAAUGAGGCGCAACUUUGGCAACAACAUCACGCGACUUCCGACAUCCCCUACCUUCAUGGCAGGCAAUUGGGCUGCUGAGGUAUCCAGGGGAUACGGUUGCCGCCGUGUUCUUCAGAAAGCACCAGGCUGCCGGCAUCCACCGCAGGCCGUGAGGGCCCAGCGCCCCUGGAGCCCGACGCAGGGCGGCGCCAUGCAGAGGUCAAGAGGCAGGGGAGCUCCAGGAUUUCUACGGCAGCAAUCAGAAGCGGACCGGGCAGCCAAGGAGAUUUUUUUAGAACCCUACGCGGAGAUUGCGAAGCUCUGCUGGAGCAAAGGUGGCUGCUUUCGUCGCCGGUCUUGA